AAAGCCGACCGAGUUCGAGUUUAGACGCGUUUUUCGGAAGAUCCUCGCGAUUCGGCAGAACACCGGUUUCGUCGCUUUUUCGUCAAUCGUUUGGGAGGGUUGGAAAAAUAUUGGUCAUUCUAAGUCCCCAAUGCUCGAACGAAUCGGAAUCGCCGCGGAUGAUUAGAACGAAUUGGUCCACGAGGGAGAAAAAUUUGAAACCAUUCUAAUAGAAUUCUGCUGGAGAAACUUAAGGGACCUGGUUGUUGGACGCGAGGUGAAAAAUUUUCCGGGUGUGUUUCCUCCCUCUGCAAACUGUGGAGGACGAAAAUUGGGACUAACGCAGCGGCAGCAGCAGCAGCAUCGAGAGCGAGAGUUUCACAUUCACGUUUCGGUGUUUUUGCUUCAGUGAGUUGACGGGAAAUUUAUUUCAAGUGGUACUGAAACUCUGACCUGUCCGCUGCAGGUCCAUCACUCCGCAGAACUUUGGAAACAAGAUAGUCGAUUGGAAUCAACGUUUUUCGACCGUGUGUAAGGAUAAUGUGAUAACAUUCGAUGAAAGUGUAGCUGCCCCUGGUUAUGGGUGAAAAACAGUGCAUCAUAGAUUCUAUGAAUCGACGGCCCAAAGAGGGGGGGUGUGUGUUUUAUUUUCAUCGUGUGUAUGCCCCACUUUCCUUCUGGUUGUAGACUUGAAGUACGUCCCUUGACCGGGCGAUUCGCAUUUUCUGGUCCGUCGCUUCCCAAGAGAACGUGUUUGCGACGACGAAUACUUUGAGUGUGAAUGACGAUGGAUGAUGCGAUGAUGGUGUCCGGUUUGCAACUAGAACGAAACGAUUUUAUUUGGGACCAUUAGUUUAGAUUAGUGCAUGCAGUGCUUCUCUGCCUCUGCAGUGUUUUUGGGGGAUUCACGGCAACUAUAAACGAAAAAAGCACUGCAAACAUCCUGCCACCCCCUAAGGUGAGGUCAUAGCACAUUGGAACUGUCCAGCCAGGUGAAACGAAUCGGGCGUGUAUCGAAGAGCAAAAUUUAUGGCUGUUUACGUUGUGAUAUACCUCGGAGUGAUCCGGGUUCAGGAUUGUGUGUAUGACGCUUGAAAUCCGGUCAAACCGGACGGAAGUGAUUGCCUCUGGGGAGGCCAGAAAGGGGGUAAACUGUGUCAACUCGACAAUUUUGACCACUUAUCGACCGAUUCUGGGAAGAGGCUGCAGUUUGUGAACGGUGCGGACGCAAGUAAAGCAUCGCCUGAAAACAGCUCGUAAAAUAAGUGCAUCCGGGAGGCUCAUCGCGUGUGAAUGGUGAAAAGUUUUCAGAGGGGGAGAAGUCCUAAAUCAACACUUGCCAUAGCGCACAUUCCCGCCCUUUUUGAAGCAGUCUGUUGAAAACUGAGAUGACAAACUUGCAUCCAACGGAAAAACAGACAGCGUUGAUAAACUCUUUCAAAGUGGGAGUCAACUAGUACCGAAAGCUCAACGGUGAACGAAAUAAAAAGUGAAAUAAACUGCGUUGCGUCUUUUCUGCGGUCCACCCUUCUUCAGUGGAAAGUGGUACAGUAGUGCACGGAAAAAGUGCGAAAAGUUUGCAUUCACCACACUUCUCUUCAACUCUCCUUUUCAUCAUUAGGCACCAGGUUACCUUCUGUGGCUGUGGUGGUGCUAGCGGGUGUUGCUUUCAGUGCAGAUGCCGUGGUGCGAAAAGAGAAAAAUGUGCCACCGCUGAAUGUGGAAAAAAGUGGGAGUUUGUGUGAAUUGCGCCCGCUCUUAAAUGUAAAUAGAAUAAAAAGGAUAAUUAAUGCGUUCAGUGGAACGAGCGGCCAGAGCAUAGAGAGAGGGAAAGCGAGAGGUCCGAGAUAAAUGGGCAAGUUGAACAAAUUUCGCUAUCGGAAGUUGGACGGAAGGAUGUCGCCUAUUCAGUCGUAGCCUUUGGCUGGAGUAAAAAAAAGCAAUCAGCCUCGUCCUAUCAGCUUUGGCCGUGAUUAAGUUCCCCAUUGCAACCACUUCUCAUCUACCGAACCGAUGGUCCGCAAUCACUCCCAAUUAGAUGUCAAUCUUUUGGGCAAACGUAAGCGAAAAACCAAACGUCUGUGUAGUGCCGUUCUUGGCUACGCUUGUGAAAUCAGGAUACAGACCAAUAACUCGGCAAAUGGCUUUGAAGUCUUGGCCUGUUUCCUAACUUGAUGUGAAAUUGCCGUCUAGAAGAUUACCCCAGGAAGAGGUAGAUAUGAACUGCAGGAGAACUUCAGCUCAAGAACCACCACCAUCGUCAUCGUCGUCGUCGUCGUCGUCGUUGAGGUCGUCAUCAUUAUCGUCAUCGGCUUCAUUAGAGUUUCGAUAAAAGUUGCAACAGCAGAGCACAAUAUAUUUUUCAUGAUUUCUGAUCCACCACAACAGCACGGUGCAGGAUGGAGUACCGUAAAGUGAACCUAGGACACGUGAAUGCGGUUAAGCACAAAGCUGUACACCGCGGUAUAUGAUCUUCUCGAAAGCUGGAGGAUGAAGAAUAGUAGUGUGUCCCGUAUCAAUAAAGUCAGUUUGUGUGGUCGUCUUACGACAAUCGCCUAUCCACCAAUUCCGACGUGAGCUCGAAAACCAAAAUUACAACCUGGCAGAUUUUAAAAAUGUAGCAGUGAACGCAAGAAUCAAAGGAGAAAAGUGCAACUAAAAUAAUAUAAUAACAAAUUAUACUACAACUAUUCACUACGGGAAGCAAAGUUCCUAGUUUUCGUUGAGUUUUUGUGUUUGAAAAAGCGGUGUCCAAUGUUCAUGCGUUACAUUGUUUUUGAUCGAACGCGCGCGUUGCAGUGGAACUCAUUCGGGAUUAAUAACAUACUGCGUGAUAAAUGAGUGAAAUUUGUUGAAAAUUUUCCCCCGGGCCAUUACAAGUGUAAAGUGUGCAAUACCGAGCUCAAGGAAGAGAGCGAAGGCAAAAGAAGAAUUUGCUCAAGCCAAAUAACCGCCAUCAACAACGACGUGAAGAAUUAUGAAGCGAAGGGUUACAAUCUUGUAUCCCCCGGUGAGCAUGUCCCAUCAUCGGUCCGGAACCCGUUGGGACACCACCAGCAACGGAUACGGUGGUCACAGCUAUACUCACACAUCGCCCUCAUCCUCAUACUCAUCUUCGUCAUCAUCAUCAUCAGCAUCAUCGUCAUCGUCAUGCUCAUCUUAUGCAACCACGUCGAGUGCCUCGGAAAAACAUGCUCUAACGGAAGAUGCGCUGAACAACAACAACAACGGCAGCCUAAGCAGCUCCAGUAGAACUAGCAGUCAUAAUCACGUCGGUUGGUGCAACGGUGGGAAUGUCCACGGUAGCCCAAACAGCGGCAAUCAGCAUGAUUCAGAAAAGUGCAAUUUUAACAAAAAUAGCUCCGGUCAUUUGCCCUCCGGAUGUGGCUUGACCGCAGCACCAAACGGCAGCAGUAGUUGCCAUACCAGUGCCAGUUCUUCGAAUAGUUGUAGUAGUAGCCCCAGCAGCAGCAGCAGUAGUAGCAGUAGUAGUAGUAAUAACAGUUGGAAGCACCGUUCAUCUUCUUCCCCUGGGCGGGACGGAGAGGACGAAGUCGACGAUUGGCGAGUGUAUUUCGUCGUAGCGCUGAUUGCCGUCCUGUGCUAUCUAAACGGUGUCCAGGGUGACUUUGUGCACGACGACAUUCCGGCAAUUACGAUGAACAAGGACGUGCUCGGGCUGAGUCCAAUUUCGCAGGUGUUCCGGAACGAUUUCUGGGGCACACCGAUGGCCGACCUCAGCAGCCAUAAAUCAUACAGACCGCUGACGACGCUGACGUUCCGAUUAAAUUAUAUAACAUUUGGCCUACGCUCGCUAUGGUUUCAUGCAACCAACGUGGUUCUCCAUGCGGCCGCCUGUGUAUUAUUCACUCGAGUCUGCACAACGAUCGCCGGUCUGCGGAAGAAUUUCGCCGUAUUUGCCGGAGUGAUGUUCGCCGUACAUCCGAUCCACACGGAAGCGGUUACCGGAAUUGUGGGUCGUGCGGAUGUACUGGCGUGUAUAUUUUUUCUCAUCUCGCUCCUGGCAUAUCAUGGCCAUGGAGACGAACCGGACAGCAACUCACUCUGGCUGAGCAUCAUUCUCGGUGGCCUAAGCAUGCUAGCCAAAGAAACCGGCAUUACGGUGUUCCUUCUGAACGUGGCGUACGACGUGUACCGUAACUGGGCUUCACUCAAGAAAACCAUCCUGGACGUGAGGUGGAGUGAGGAAACGCAUCAAUUCGGCCGUCGAGUGUCACGUGUUCUGCUCUCGAUGGGAGUGCUUCUGGCGGUACGGCUAGCGCUGCUGCAAGGAUCGCUGCCCAAGUUCUCGCAGCAGGACAACCCGACGGCAUUCCACCCAAACCUCUACGUGCGACUGCUGACGUUCUGCUACCUGGCCGCCUUCAACUGGUGGCUUCUGCUGUGUCCGUCGACGCUCAGCCACGACUGGCAGAUGGGAUCGAUACCAUUAGUCACAUCAAUAAGUGAUCCCCGGAAUUUGCUCACGUUUAUUGCGUUCUUUGCUGCGCUGCUGUUUGUCUACAGGGGCAUGAUGGAUUUCGAGCACCAACGUCACGUCCCGGUCGUAUUGGGGUUUCUGUUAUUAGUUCUACCAUUCCUGCCUGCCACAAAUUUAGUUGUAACCGUUGGUUUUGUCGUUGCCGAACGGGUGCUCUACAUUCCAAGCAUGGGUAGCGUCAUCCUGGUCGUGUACGGCGCCCAGCGAAUGUGGGAACGCUUUCCCCGUAUGCGAAAAGCAAUCAUCGUUUGUGGUCUCGUGCUAAUAGCAUCCGGCUGUAUGAAAACCAUCACCAGAAACCUCGACUGGGGCUCUCGGGAAGCCUUGCUAAGAUCCGGUCUUCGAACGUUGCCACAUAACGCAAAAAUGCACUACAAUUUCGGCAAUUUUUUGCGUGAUUCCUCACAAUCCGAUCAAGCCGUAGCCCACUAUCGGGAAGCCCUUCGGCUGUGGCCCACCUAUGCCAGCGCUCACAACAACAUCGGUACCCUGAUGGGGGAGUUCGAGACGGCCGAAUACCACUUCCUCGAGGCGAUCAAAUAUUCGUCCGAACACAUUAACGCCCACUACAAUCUCGGCCAGCUGUACCGCAAAGCCAACCGAAGUUCGGAAGCCUUGCGGAUGCUGGAGCGAUGUAUCAACUUAGAACCGCUAUUCACCGCGGCUUAUCUGGAAUUGGUGAAAUUAUACAGCGGUUUGAAGGCCGGCCAGCUGCUGCGGCGAGUUGUCCAGCUGAACCCAUACGACGUUGACCUGCGCAGGCAGUAUGGGGACUGGCUCGUGGAACAGAAUUUGUUGCCAGAGGCCAUUGUCCAGUACCAGGAAGGUCUUAAAAUAAUGGAAACACAUCAAUUAUCGGUAAUCGGAGCCUGUCGGGCGCUUCGCCGGCUCGGACAACAUUCACGACUCCAUCAGCUGAUACUGAGAUGGCAAUUUAUAGUGCGCUUAUCGAACGGUGGCAUUCCGAUACAGACCGAGAUCUAUCUUCGUGAUUGGAGCCUGAAGCACGAGCUCCGGAACCGGGCCAUGAUCUACGAUGCCGGAAGCGACGUUGGCGGGAAUGGUGCUACCGGAGGCGACGUUGGAAGCAGCACCACCGGGCCAAGCAGCGCAAGCACUCGAAGUAUGUCGCAAGGAAGCCGCCAAAGUAGUGGGAGCGGACUGACGUCGUCGGUCGUUGCCGAAGGAAGCAGUGUGGAUUGCAGUUCAUCGUACGACGGAUGUGUCAGUCCUACGGAUGCCACACUUCAUAGCCACGCCAAACUGUCUACAACUUCGGUGGAUUCCGAAAUCAGCAUACGAAUUCUACGGGCACCUCACUGUAACCGGUCCGAACAUCUGCCGGGAUCGCUUAAAAAUUGCAAAGUUCCUUCAAGAACACCACCGUCGUCGCAAAGACCAUCCAGUUCAUCCCGAGUGAAGUCAUCUUCAUCCCAAGAAGACGGCAAAACCGCAGGAAAGCAUAAAAAGUGGCCUAAAUCUCGUCACAAGUCUAAAGGGCACCCACCCACGGCGACAGGUGCCUCAUCGGAGUUGGAACCUAAUUCGGAAGGCCUGACUCCUCUGUUGGUAUCCAAUCUACUGGAUAAGCUAUAACCGGUAGCACAGAGGAGGCGCUCGGAUAUUCUGCCAAACUGUUGUGAGUAGGUGAUUACAUAUGAAAAGUGCAAGGACAAAUUGAAUGAAUGGUCAGUAAAACAAGCCUAAGCUCUGGAUAAGCAGUGCUUGAGGCCAAAUAUUGCAAGGUAAUGUGAUUUUCAAUCGAAAAUAACAUGUAAAUAGUAAAUACAUUCUAAUACAACUUUUUGGUUACAAAACGGCCAAAAACAAAUGUACAGUAACAACGUAAACUCAAUCGAUUGUAAGUGAUAUAUGUGGAUAAGAUUAGUUUGUAAUUAGUUCUUUUAGUUGAUAGUUCUAGGAAUACGCGAUGCAAACUAAAAUAGCUAAAACUGCUACGAAACUACAAAAGAAAAAAAACUGCUUACGAGUGAGACAAGCGACAAACCAUGAGCCAUGCUAGUCAUGGAGGAAUACCAUAGAAUAGUGUUUAUUUUUCUAACCCAAUCUGUACAGAUUUCAAUGUAUGAUAUGAAAGCAAAAGCAAGCAAACUAGAAGUAGACUAGCGAUCUAAGCUCAUGCACUGAAUCUCUGGAUUCGGUGCAAUAAUUGCCAAGUGAUAAACCAUGACAAACCGAAUAUGGAAUAACAGCUCGCGGGAAGGAAACUGGAAGCAGAGCAAAAUCUAAGACUGUGAAUAUACAAACAUUUAUUUGUAAUCGAUUGUGCGAAAGGGUGUGCAAAAUCAGCUUUUAACCGUGAUUCGUUUGAUGUUCAUGUUGAAAUGUUCAUCAUUUUCUACGGUUCAACAACGAGAGACAUCAUUUUCGCGCUUACCGUUCGAAACGUCACGAAACGACAAAUGUAAGAAAAUGUUGGGAAUCGUGGGGACGAGCGUUGGAAACGAGGAGGUGUACGAUAAUAACAGCAUAAAACUUUUUUUUUUUUCUAGUGAUGUCUUGCUUCAGGGUAUGAAAAGACGCUGCUGAAUGGUUUAUUAUGACCGGUCAUAAAACCGGAGCAAAAUGGCAAACAUAAGGCAACGAUUUACGAUGUAAUUAAGUUAAUUUAGCCUAAACGCCGGAGAUUUUACGUCAGUCAGCGAGUACAGGAAUUGCUUAAGUGGAUAAGUAUUGACCGAGCCCGGAUUGAGGCUCUAGCUUUGGUGGUGGGGCAAAUGGAGAUAAUGAGAGCAAACAGCUGACCAGCAAAAUGGCUGAUAAAAGGUUCCGCAUGGAUUGAAUUUACUGGCUAUGGGCUAUGGCCACGUCUUCCUCGUCUGCGGGAUUGGAUCAUGAUGCCGAAGGGUGAGCUAAAUUACCCGUUUCAUGUGCUGUGUAAUUUACGAUCGUGCGUGUUCGAUACGACCAAUUUUUCGGCCAUGAAAGGAAAGUUUGGUUGCCUUUGAUAAAGGUUUUCUUGGGGAGGCGUCGAACAGAAUUUGGUUCAGAAAGUGCUGUAAUUAUGGUUUGAUGGUGCUUGCUACAAAUUUGAAGGUGUACCCCAUCGACAUUUGAAAAUUUGAAACAAUUUCUUUGACACUUAGAGUUGUAGGAACGAUACUAGAUCUAAAUGUGCCAACAUAGUGACAGGAUAUUCUUGGAUAAUGAGUUAGAUUUUUCAAUUAGUGUUUAAAAUCGCAAAAUAAAUUUACUUUUAUUUUCAAUUGUUCUACCGUUGAAAAAAAGUAUCAUAGACUGUCCUUAUUCGCACACUCCGAGAAAAUCGUGCGAUUUUACGUCUUUUGGAUGCACAUAAAAGAAGCGAGCCAAAUGACGUGAAUUUGUGUCACAUUUUAAAUACGAUGGUGUCUGAUUCGGGAAAUGUCAAUCAUAGCGGCAUCGCUUUCAUAUCCUCCAUCAAGUAAAAUUACAUUUUCCUUUCAAUACAUCUUUCAGAACCCAUUUUUACGUCAAAUCAUCGCAUACAUCAUGUGUCAUUCAGUCAUAAUGUGAAUUACGUCCGGAGUGAUUUUCAUUAUUUUUAAGAGUGUGGUAUAUUAUUAUUAUAAUUACGCAUUACCAAUAAUUUUCAAAUCGUUGGUUUUGUUCAAUUUACGUAAUAAGGAUCUUAGCGCACAACUGCGGCAUUUUAUUGUAAAUGAAUCAAUUCAUGUAGGGUGUUGGUUUAGGGUAUUCGGGAUCUUAUGAGCGGCUACACCAGUCACUAAAGUCACUUUUUUCGUAAUCUGAUUAUGAAGCAAUGAUAAACUUCUAAACCCAAAUAAUGUUUUACUGAUUUUUGUCAUUCUGAUAAAACAAAUUUUGAUCUGAACAUCAAAGUGCCGAGAAAAAGGCAUUCUUUGCUAACUUUAUGGGUGGAUUCAGGAUAAAAUUGCUAAGAAAUUUUGUACAGAACGUUUGAAAUCCAUUCGUUGGGUUAUGUGUGGAAUGUGUUUUAAUAGUUUUUUUCAAAACUUCCAAAUAUUAAUGUCGGCUGUAAAUUCGAAGGAGUUGGACAGAAAACCUGCAUGAAUUUCUGACAAAACUGCUAACUGAAUUUAUGGUUGUAUUUCUGAAGUUAUCAACGACGAAUAGCCAGAAGCUGGCCUAGCUUUUGAUGAAUUUCAACAACA